GUGAUGACGUAGAACCCUGCCGACACCAAGAUGGUGCUCGAAAGUACUAUGGUCUGUGUGGACAACAGUGAGUACAUGAGAAAUGGAGACUUUCUGCCCACCAGACUGCAGGCUCAGCAGGAUGCCGUCAAUAUUGUUUGCCACUCCAAGACCCGCAGCAAUCCUGAGAAUAACGUUGGCCUCAUUACCAUGGCCAACAACUGCGAGGUGCUGACCACGCUGACUCCUGACACAGGGAGGAUACUGUCCAAGCUGCAUGCUGUGCAGCCUCGAGGAAACAUUAGCUUCUGCACUGGCAUCAGGGUGGCACAUUUGGCACUGAAACACAGACAGGGGAAAAACCACAAGAUGCGCAUAAUCGCCUUUGUUGGCAGCCCUGUCGAGGACAACGAAAAGGAGCUGGUCAAAAUGGCAAAGCGUUUGAAGAAAGAAAAAGUCAAUGUGGACGUCAUUAACUUUGGAGAGGAGGAGUCAAACACAGAGAAACUGACAGCCUUCAUUAACACACUCAAUGGUAAAGAAGGAGCCGGUUCCCACCUGGUCACUGUUCCUCCAGGCCCAAGUCUGGCCGACGCUCUGCUGUCUUCACCCAUCCUGGCCGGGGAGGGCGGGGCAGUGUUGGGCCUGGGGGCCAGCGACUUCGAGUUUGGAGUGGAUCCAAGUGCAGAUCCGGAGCUGGCCUUGGCUCUGCGAGUGUCGAUGGAGGAGCAGAGACAGAGGCAGGAGGACGAAGCUCGCAGAGCUGCUGUUGCCUCGGCUGCUGAAGCUGGCAUUUCCUCCCCUGCUGCAGAUGAGUCUGAGGAUGCCCUUUUGAAGAUGUCUGUUCCACACACAGACUCGGCCACACCGGCUCUUCCAGACUUCAGCCGCAUGACAGAGGAUGAACAGAUUGCCUAUGCUCUGCAGAUGUCCAUGCAGGGAGCAGGAGCAGAGUUUGGUGCUGAGGACAUGGACACAGGUGCUGACAUGGACUCUAGUGAGGCUAAGGAUGAAGAGGACUAUGACGUCAUGCAGGAUCCAGAGUUUCUUCAGAGUGUUCUAGAAAACCUUCCUGGGGUCGACCCCAACAAUGAGGCCAUCCGUAAUGCCAUGGGCUCUCUGGCUUCCCAGACUGGCUCCAAACCAGACGCCAAGAAGGACGAGGAGAAAAAGAAAUGAGUACAAAGAGGAGCACAGUUUAGGAUACUGCAAGAUAAAGAGAGAGACCAGAGAAUUUCACUGCAUGUGUUAUUCUAAGUCACGAUAUCUCUAUCCCCAUUAAAGCUUUUUUUUUUUUUUUUUUUUUACGUUUAUGUAGCUGUGUAAACUGUAAACAUUUGCCUUCUAUGGUGUUUGGGGCCUGUUUUGUUUAUCAUUUAUUUGUGUGGCAAGCACAUAAGCUUGAUUUUGACUAAUUUGUAUUGUAAAGGCAGAAUAAGAUGAGCAGAUUUCUUCAAUAAAUCCGGAGAAUAUGAGGUGGUA